AUGAUAAGUGUUAAAUGUUUAAUUGGACAAAUAUUAAUAAAUAGUGAUAACCCGUCACUAAACAAAUUUAAAUGCCAAAAAUGUAUGGAAUUUAUAUUCUUUUCACCAACUUAUCAGUGUAAAUUAGGUCAUUGGAGAUGCCAGUCAUGCUGGCAAGAAAGGUUAAAUACAUUUGAAAGCAGAUGCUUUGAAUGUGACAAUAUUAUAGAAUCAAUUGAAGACCUUUCAAGAAAUAUUUUCAUUGAAAAAGAAUUUUCACAACUCCAAGCAUGUUGUCCAAAUUCAUACAAUGGUGAUCAUUUAAAUCCAAUAAAUAAUAUUAUUCAAAAUAAUAAUAACAAUAAUAAAAAAGAUAAUAAUAAAAAUAAAAAUAAAAAAAAUAAAAACAUUUUCAAUAAAGAGAAGGAGGAGGAGGAAAUUGAUGAAAAAAUAAUUGAUUUUGACAAGUUGUAUCCUCAAGAGGCAAAGGCACUACAAACUAUAGCUAUUGAGGAUCAAUAUAAUUUAAAUGAUGAAAAUGAAGAAGAUGAUGAAGAGGAUCAAGAUGAAGAUGAAAAUGGAGAAGAUGGUGAUGGUGAUGGUGAUGGUGAUGAUGAUGAUGAUUAUGAUGAUGAAACAAUUGAAGAAAGAAUAAAAGAUGUUGAAAGAGGUUGUCCAAUAUCUACAACAGUUGGUGAACUAAAGUCCCAUUUGGAAAUUUGUCAAUUUAGAUUUCAAAAAUGUAAGAAUGAAGGAUGUAUUGAAAUUAAAAGAAAGAAUGAUUUGGAAGAGAUUCAUUAUGAUAUUAAUAAUGAAUUGAAUGGUUGUAAAUUCAAUUUAAUGAAAUGUAAUGAUUGCAAAAGAGACGAUAUUCAAAAGAGAUACUAUCAAUCACACCUAUUAUCAUGUCCCAAGAAAGUAAUCAAUUGUUUGCAUUGUGAUGACCAAUUUGAGAGAUCCCAUUGGCCACAACAUGAAUACACUCAAUGCAAACAAAGAGUCAUUUCAUGCACUUUCAAAGCAGGUGGUUGCAAUCAACGUUUUAAACGUCUUCACCUUCCCCAUCAUUUAAAAUCCAUUAACCACAUUGAAUUCAUUAGCAAGCAAUACGACUCUCAACUAUUCGAAAUUAACUUAAAAAACAAUUUAUUAUUAUCAAAAUUAAAUUCAAUAUCAAAUGAAAAUUCAAUAUUCCAAAUUCAACUUAAAAAACAACAAAAAGAAGAAGAAGAUGAAAAACAAAAACAAAAUCAACAUCAACAUCAACCAUUACAACUACAAUUACAACCUGUUUUUGAAUAUAAAAAUAAAUGGCGAAUUCCAAGUUUUAAAUGUUAUCCAAUUGCAAAAGCUGGUUUACUCAAUUUGAAAAAUAAAAAGGUUCAAAAUAUUAAUUAUACUUCAGAACCUUUUGAAAUUGGUCCAUUUAAAUUUUUAUUUUCAAUAGAUGAAAUGGCAGAUUACGAAGAUGGUCCAUCAUUACAUUUUUAUAUUUCACCAAUUGAUUUAGGAAAUCAAUUGAAAUUAGAAUAUUCAAUUAAAUUAUUAAACGAAAAUAGAAAAAUGAUAAAAUAUGAAGGAGAAAGACUUUUUACUUCUUUGGAUAGGGAAUUGGUUGGGGAUACUCUUAAAUCCGAUAUCGAGUUGGGUAAAGAUGAAAUUUUGGAAUGGGGCAUUGAAUUAAGAACUGUAGAAGUUCAUGAACCACUUCAAGAAACAAAGGCUAUUAAAAACAACAACAAAAUUUGGAAAUAA